AUGGUCGCGGGGUGGGUCCGCCGGAAAGUCAAGAACAGCGACAAAUGGGUGCGCCGCUGGCUCGAGGUGAAUAGGCACGUCCUGCGCGCGGCGGCGUACUCGUACCAGGCGUGCCCCACGGACACGCCGUCGGCGCGGGUCAUGAACAUGCUGGACCUCCGGAAGACGCGCGAGAUCAAAGUCGUCGACGGCGGCGACUUCGACGGCCUCUUCCUCAUCGUCCCCGAGUCGGCGGACAACGAGCACCCGGGCUACAUGAUGCGCGCCGACAGCCGCGAGCUCGCCCAGGAGUGGGUCGCCGGCCUCAACAAGGCGCGCAAGGCCGAGCUCGACAAGAUCGUGUCCAUGGACAAGGCGCGCCGCCCGAGCGAGAGCAUCUGCUGCUGCUUCUUCGGCAAGCCGUCCAAGUCCGCCGAGGAGCGCGCCUCCCUCGUCCGCGGCUAGACCCGCGGACGACCCAUGCCCGCGGAACAACACCACGAGCCUAUCCACGCCGCGUCGUCUACGGGACGCUGUCCAUAAGAGAAACACAUACGA